CCGGUCUCGCUUACCUUACAAUAUAAAAAAGGCCGGACCCAGGGUGGGGUAGAGCAUUGUCAUCGCCACCAACGAUGACAAUGACGCUGACAUCUCCCGCCCCGAUGCUGUGGCUGCUCGCAGGCUCGUCGGCGGUCGGUCUCAUUGCGUGGGGUCUGUAUCAGGCGUGCCACUUGAACAUGGUACCCGGCGAGCCAGACGUCGUGGUUCUGCUGCUUCCUUCGUCCAAGGGUCGAGACUGUCCUCACCCCCGCUCUUCGGUCCUUUCUCCUCUGUCCCGCCUUCGGGCAAGGUGGGCGUGGACGCAGCUGGCCAGGGAGAGGGGCGUCACGCCGAGCAAGCUCGCAGCUCAGAUUCGCGACGACGACGAGUACGAUUGGGUCAAGGGCGACCGGCCUGCCAAGGGAGACAUUGUCCGCAUCUGGGACAGGGUCGUCGUGUGGGACGAGGACUGCAUCGACCUGACGGUACUCGAGAGGUGGAGGGAUCGAUCCGACAAGCCAGCCGAUGAGGUCCUUGACGCCCUCGCUCGUCGUGCACCGUCGCCUGAUCGGCGCGAUCCCCUCCAGGCCGUGGUGGAGUCGUUGACCAAGUCAGGGAAGGAGGAGAACAGCAAUACCGAUGGAGAGCAGGAGAAGGAAGAGGAAGACGACGAGACGCUGAGGCGCUUCUGGAAGUCCAUCGACCGGAGACCGCCGAGGGGCUGCGGCGCCGUGAGUGUCGAGUGGUACAGAGAGAAUGGCCUCAAAAUUGCCAAGGGUGGCUUCGAGGAGGUGCAUGCGGCCAUCAACAGCAUCGACUUUGACGAUGCAGAAGAGGAGGACGAGGAGGAUCAUGUUCCGACGCCGGCUGAGCUGGAGGAGGAGGCGAGGGUGCUGAAGCGUGGCAAGGAGAUGUUUUACCGGUACGGUCCCCCGCUCCUCAUCGCAAUGCUCCAUGCCGGCCUCGCCGGUGGGUUUGCCAGUCCAAGGAUCAUGACGGUGCUGCGUGCCACGGGCUAUCUGGUACCGCCCAGCAAGGAAAGGCGGGCAAGCAAGCCGAAGAAUGCAGACGAACGGCUAGGCUUCGGCAUCGAGACGGUGGCCCAAGCCGUGGCCAACGAGGAAGAGGAGCGUCGGCGGCACCCCAUGUACUUUCAGCCCUCGUCAAAGAGCGGCGAAGAGGGGCAGGUGCCCUCGGAAGCGGCGGCUGAACGAACGUUCAAGCGGCUCCUCGAAACGUCGCAGUUCGUCCUCGAUGUCAUGGACAGCGACGACUCGCUUUCGACGCCCUCGACGACGAGGCGGCAGCAGCAGACCGACGCCGUCGACGUGCUCUCCCGGAGUGGCGCAGGCUGGCUCUCGGCCACUCGCGUGCGCUUCAUCCAUGCCAUGGUCCGCAGGAGGCUGACCAAGGGCAAUCUCGCCUCGUCGUACGAUGUCUCGACAGCGGGCGUGCCCAUCAACCAGGAGGAUCUCCUCGCUACCCUGUGCUCCUUCUCCACCGCCCCGCUCUGGUCGCUGCAGCGCAUGGGUCUCAAUCCAACGCAGCAGGAGCGCCAAGACUACGUCGCCCUCUGGCGCCACGUCGGCUACUACAUGGGCAUCGAGCCGCGGCUGCUGCGUCGAUGCUUCCGCGAUGUUGAUUCGGCAGAGCGUUUCUUUGCCUCGGUCGCCUCGCACCACUUCUUGCCCGUCACUGCGCGCAAGAGGAUGCCGGCGCCUGCCCCCCUCCCGCCCAGCGUGCGUCGGCGGCAAGACGUGGGGCGAUACCUAAAGGGGGGAAUGCGUGGCCCUGCGCUGCCCCUCCUCUACUCGAUUGCCGAACGUCCACCGCGGGGCAUGUCGUUUGGGUCGCACUGCGCCAUCGCUCGCCAUCUUCUCGGCGAUGCCCUCGCCAGCGCCGUGGAGCUGCCCGGCAUGACGACGAGGCAGUACUGGGCCAUGCGUCUCCAGCUCUUUGUCCUGGCCCAGCCCCCGCUCUUUGCCAGGUACUAUCCCCGCAGGGCGUGGGGCUCGGCUCUAAGGCACAAUGCCAAGGAGGUCCUGAGGCGUCUGACGGAUUUCACCAUGGCAGGCAUGGUGCCGGGAAAGGGGGGAAAGAGAACCACAUACGAGCUCCGGGGCGAGCAAAAGAUCUCGUGGGAAGACGCCAGCCACGUCCACUUGGACAUUGCCGAGGGCCAACGGAUGCGAGACGACUACUUUGCACUGAUGAAAGAGGCAGGCGCCGUGCUUGCUCUCUGCCUCUUGACGCCCCUCGUCGCAACCACUUACCUCGCCUUGCGAUCAUCGAAUCUCUACAGUACUCCCUUGUAAUAAUGUAUAUUUGCAAAUAUGAAUGUAAAUUGCUG